AUGAAAAAUCAAGCCCUCUAUUUAAUAUUGUUAUUUUGUGUCCUCUAACCUAUUUUAAGUUAAGUUUUGGAAUCAGUUUUUGAAGAUUUCAAUAAUAAAAAGAUUUCAUUUAGUAAUAGAAAUUGGGUUUGUGAACUAGAAAAUAAAGUACCAAAAAGUUUAGAAUGCCCAAAAGGAAUGGAUCUAGUAUUGCUUGAAAGAGUAAUUGGCUGUUAAGUAGUUUAAGUUCGAAUUGAUUAACUCCUACCACAUUUUGCAAUAUAGUUUUAUAUAGACAUUUAUGCUUAUUAAACAAUCGACAAUAAUGAAUGUUUAAUUGUAGACAUAUAAGGUGUAUAAAAAAAAGAAUAGUGCAUUUAUUGGUCAACAGUGUAAUCAAAUGGAUUAAAUUAAUAUUGUGAUCGUUAUCCUGGGAAAUCAAUACGGAAUACUUAAAUUAUUGAACUUGAUCAUUCUGAUACUUAGGUGAAUAUAAAAAUAUCAAGUACAGCCGAUCAAGAACUUUUAGAUGAAGCCUAUUUAUUUAGAAAUGUCUAACUCUUUUUGCAUAGAUGUCAUAAAACUUGUAAAAGUUGUUCAGGUGAACGAAAAGAUUAGUGUUAAACUUGUUAUGAUACAUUAUCUAUUACAUCGACAAAUUCAUGUGAGCCUUGUAAGAAUAGAGGAAAUGGAGCUUUUCUUGAUUUUCAAUCUUAGAAAUGUGUAUAAUAAUGCCCUAAUAAUUAGGGUUAUGAUGAAGAUUUAGUCUGUGAUGAAAAUAUAAGUAAAAAUUAUAUUAAUUUCUAAGAUACUUAGUCAACAUGUUAAAAUGGAUGCUAAUCUUGUACGAAUGCAUAGAGUUGUCUAAAGUGUAAUUCUGAUUAAUAUCUUCAUAAAGGUUAAUGCCUAAAAAACUGUCCAUCAUACACAAAAAUAGAAGGGAGAAGCUGUUUAAAUACAAUUGAUUAAAUGGAUGCAAAAAAAUAUAAUAUCUCCCAAAUAGCAAAGGAACUUCAUGAUAAUAAUAGGAUAAAAGAAUUAUUUACCCUGUCUCAUAAACAAGGUUCAUAUAAUUUUCAAAAAGGUGAGGAGAUUUAUUUCAGUUAUUUUUCAAAUAAAAGAAUAUUUGGAGGACCAUUUGUUUGGGUUAAUGCUUAAUUCAAGUUUGAAAUAAGCUGGAUUUAAAAUAUAUAUAGAAUAAAUAUUUUCUUCGAAGUAAUUCUAGGGGAUACCCAUAAAAAUAGAAAUAAUUUUACUUAUAUUAUUAACAAUUAACCAGUAGAAAUAUCAUUACAUGAUAAAUUUUAAUAAUCUGAUGAAAAAAUAGAAGAUCUAAACUGGCCUGACAAUUAUAUUUACAAUAUAUAUGGAAUUGAAUACAAUUUCUUCCAAUAAGUAAUUUCCGAUAAAUAAUUGAUCAUAGAGUUUAAUUGUAAAAAUAUAGAAAUUUUAGCUUUCUGUGGAAUUUAGAAUCUUAUGGUGGCUGGAUAAUAUUGCCAAUCUGGAUAUAAAUUUGAAUACUUUUAUUUUGAAACAGAUAGAAAUCCUUGCAUUGUCGACAAUGAGGAAUGUGAUGAUGAUAAUGUAAUUCCAUUUGAUGGUUGUUUUUCAAAUAUAUACGAUUGUAUAUAAGGUUGUUAAAAUUGCAUUUUCGGAAUUUGCUAAGAUUGUUAAAUUGGAUGGGAUUAUCAAGAAUCAACAAAAACUUGUAGACCAUUAUGUGGAGAUGCUAAAAUCACUUAUAAUGAAGAAUGCGAUGAUGGUAAUUUAAUUCCUUAUGAUGGAUGCCAUUAAUGUAAAUAUUCUUGUCCUCUUAAUUGUGAGAAAUGUAAGUUUGGAAAAUGCUCUAUGUGUGAAAAUUAACAUAUUUAUAUUGAUGGUCAAUGUUUACAUAUUUAUCUAUUAAACAACAUUAAUUUUGAAGAAAAUAUAGAACAAUACAAUUUCUAAAUAAAUGAAAAAAAUUAACAUAGAUUAUAAUUUGAGAAUCAACUCUAACAAUUUAUUCUUCGUAAUAAUUAUGAUUAAUUUAAUCAUAAUUUAAAUCAAAUAAUUUUUUGGGUAUUUGGUUAUUAAAACCAAUAUUAUUUUUAGGAUUAAAUAAAUUAUUGCAAAGUAAAUUAUUUUGGUAAAUGUUUGGAAUGUUAAGCUGAAUAUGAAUUAGAUUUUUAUAAAUCUAAAUGCAUUCCAAAAUGUAAUGAUCAAAUAAUAUUAUCUGAAGAAAUAUGUGAUGAUGGUAAUAGAAUUCAAUUUGAUGGAUGUUACAAAUGCUAAAACAGUUGUUAAAUAGAAUGUUUAUUGUGUUUUUAGAGUCAAUGUUAUCUUUGUCAAGAUGGCUGGCAUCUUCAAGAAUAUUAAUGUAAAUAAAUUUGUGGAGAUGGUUAAUUAGCUAUAUUAUCAAAUGAAUAAUGUGAUGAUCCUGAAGAUUCAAAUUGUGCUAAUUGUAAAUACUAAUGUGAAGAUGAUUGUUUGGUUUGUAAUAAGUUUUAAAGUUGUGAAAUAUGUUAGUAUCCAUUUUAGAAAAAGAAUGGUAAAUGUAUACCUAUUUGUGGAGAUAGUAUUAUUACUUCUAUAUUCGAAUAAUGUGAUGAUGACCAUUUGAUGGAUGUUAUCAAUGUCAAUAUUAAUGUUCUUUAGGAUGUAUUCAAUGUGAAAAAGAUAAUCGAUGUUUAUUAUGUGAUAAUAAAAAUUACAUUUUGGAUAAUCAAACUUUUUAAUGUAAGGAGAUAGAAUAGUAAAUUAUUGAUCCAUUACCUGAAGAGGAAAUAAAUAAUGAUGAUUUAAUAAUUAGAUAAUGUGAUGGUAAUUAAAUACUUAUCGAAAAUGAAUGUGUUACUUAAUGUGGUAAUGGAAUACUUAAUCAAAAUUUUGAAUAAUGUGAUGAUGGUAACCAAAAUGGUGGAGAUGGUUGUUCUACUUUAUGUUUUUAAGAAGAUUCCUAUUAAUGUAAUAAUUAAGAUAAGUAGCUAAGUGUUUGCACUUUUAUAUAAGCACCUAUUUUUGAGUUAAUUUUAAUUUCACAAAAAUAGGAUCAAACCAAAAUUCUUGAACUUAGUUUCUCUCAAGAAGUUUACAUACCACCUGAUUUUCUCUUUGAACAAAUUGUAAAAUUUACUAUAAUACCAGAAACUUAAUAUGAAUUAUCUUUAAUACCUAUAUCAAACAUUACUUCACAAUUAAGCAAUCCAAAGUAUCAAGUUUUUAUUAAAUUUCUGAAAUCUAUUGUAAAUCCUAUUUUGUAAGUAAACAUUUAAAAAUAUUCAAUCUUUAAUUAAUAUGAAAUGGAAUUAAAUAAUAAUGAUUAAGAAAUUCCACUUGGAACACCUUUUGUGUUAUCAGAAACUAAUUAAAAAAAAGUAAGUUAAUUUAUUUAAAUGAAUGAAUUAAUGAUCUAUUCCACAGCUACUUUUUCUGGAUUACUUUUCCUAACAGGCAAUUAUGUUGUCUUUUUCAAUCUAUUAGACUUAUUAUAGACAUUAUCUUAUCUUAAGUAUAUGUAAUAUAAAUUUCCUUCACAUUUAAGUCUUUUUCUAGAAACUUAUACAAAAAUAUCUUUGGAACCUAUUUUAAAUAUUUUAAAAGUUGAUGAAUUUAUUGCUGAUCUUAAUGGGGGUACUAUUCCAAAUUUAAAUAAAAAAUCAUUUUAAUCUAAAUAAACUGACCCAUUGAAUUAGAUUUAUUUAAUGAAUGCAAAAGGAUGUUAUUUUUCAUAUUUUGCAUCAUUACUAACCUAUUAUCUCUGCUGUCUCAUUGCUUCAAACAAAUUAUCAAUGUGGUUAAAAAAAUGUUUCAAAAAAUUUCAAUUCAAUAUUAAAAUUCUUAAACUAAUUUCAAUGUUUUAAAGGAAAAUUCAAUUCUAGUGUUCAAUUGUAAAGAAACACUAUUUUUCUUUAGGAGUUUUUUAAUUAUUUUAUUCAUCCCUUCAUUAGUUAUUAUUUAGCGCACUAUUAUAAUUUCCUGAUUAUACAUUUAACUCUCUUUUUGAAAUUAUUAAUAGUGUUGCUGCAUUUGUUAGUCUACUAAUCCAGAUUCAAAUAUUUUUAAAAUUGCUUUCUAUUACAACCACUCAAAUUAAGGAUAAAAUUAAAUGGAAGUAUUUUUUUUAAGAUUAGAAAACUCAAUAUUGGGCUGCUAAUUUCAAAUCAUUUUAAAUUUUUAGAAUCAUUUCUUACAUUACUAUUAUUGUUAAAUUAAUUAAAUUUCCAGAAGCAUAAUCAAUUUUACUCUCUAUGUAAUCAUUGUUUUAUCUAAUUUACCUGAUAAUUUUUAGACCUAUCUAAUCAAAUUAUGAUUUAGCCAAAUUAAUUUGCAGAGAAAUAAUACUAUUCAUCAUCACAGGAUCAUUUUUAGUCUAUAGUUUUGAAAUCAAUUAUGAUUAAUUUUUAAUUUUUGGAUGGAUACAUAUAUCGCUGUUUUGUUUCUUAAUGGGUUUCACCAUAGUUGCUGACUUAGUAUAGCAAAUCAAUUUAGCUUAUUUACAUCGCUAAAAAUUGUUAUAAAUCUAGAAGAUAAAAAAAAUAAUGUGUUAUUAUAACAAUCCAUUAUAAAAAUUUGUUGUUUAUGAUUUGAAAAAUAGUGAUUGA